AUGUACGAACGUAGAGAUCUUCGAAACCAUUUCUUAUCAAUUUUUAUUUUCUUCGUCUUACUCAAAAGUCUAAUUCAGCCACUUAAUGCCGACUACGUUGUUAAGGAAAUUUUCAAUCCUGAACGGUAUCUUAAUCUUCUUGAUGAUGAAACUGAAGUAGAUUUCAGUCGAACUGGACGAGAAAGUGAUAUCAAAGAAGGAGCUGAUUUUCUAUUCGUUCGUCUUGAUCCGACUUUUGGACAUUUGAUUUCCAGGUUUCCGCCCUUGAAUACAAGUAAUGAUGACUCAAUUACCUCGGGGAUGAUUUUGCCUUCUGGUGAUGAAUUUCGCUGGUAUUCAGCAAACGGCAUUCAAGCUAAACCAACGAUCGAGGAGGCCAGAAAAUGCCCCUGGAGUUUUUCUGCAUGCCCAAAUGGCGUGGUCCACUUGAGCUUUGACUUCCUCCACGUUAAAGAUAUUGACCGAUCCUCGGGAUUAAGGGCUCCAGUCGAAUUAGUUUCCCUGGAACCAAACUUACGAGUGGAAUAUAAAGUUGAAACUGAAACUGUCAGAGCCUCCUGGCUAAACCAUGUGGUCUCCGAAGCUCGUCUUCCUGGAGGAAUUUCUGACUGGACUAGCGUGGAAGUUCUAGUGAAACCUAAUACUGCAGAAAUGGAUUUGGUGAUUAGUAAUCCGGAAGGAGAGAGUUCUUAUGGUGAUUCAAAAAUGCUAGCGGGACCUCUUUACAACCCAUAUAAUAUUCAGGAAAAUAGCUUAUCCAUUGGGCCAAAGAGUCAUCCACGACGUAUGUUAACGUUAGCUACUAUUCGCCAGGAGAAAACACCGUCUGGAUAUGCUAGAUCUAAACGGAACGUCUACAAUUCAGAUCGAAGGGCCAAUAUCUCGGCUAUUAAUUUUGAGGGAACAAAUGGAUUUGUCAGAUUCGAUUUCCGGAAUAGGAUUAGGUUGCCACGGACAGACGCCGAAAUUGGAAAAGAGGAGGUCGCGCUCGACUUUGUGCUCAAACCUGGGGUCACUUCAGGUCUACUCUGGUUUGCUGAAGGAGCGGCUUCGAGAAGCUUCAUCAUCAUUAAGGUUAGUGUAAACGCUUGA